AUGUUUGGCACCUGUACGGCCGAAACAUACCUAACACAGUCUACUUCGGAAGAUACUGUAAGAACGCGUUUCUUUAUAUCUUUAAAAUCUGCCUAUAUUCCAGCUAUUCAACUUCAUACUAAUCUAUACAAUAAAUGCGCUACUCUAAUGACUUACUUCAGUAGCAUAAUUUUUACCGUUAAAUUAAUGGGACGCUCUGCUUUCUUUUCUUGUAGAUACCCGCAACCGACCUGGACGGCCAGCCAAAUAUGUCCCCUGAUGAAGCAUGACUUUUUGAACAAACCACACUUUUAUCUUUUUCGUCUAAUGCAUUUUCCACAAACAAUAAAUGACGUUCAAUGGUUCGUUCGGGGAUACGCAGUAACACAUAAAGAUCCGCUAACGAUUGUGGGGGAAAUCGGCUUUAAGAAUUUGGGGUAGAUUAUAACAAAAAAACUAGGCGACUAGGGGUUCGCGAGAAGGCAUAAAGGGAUAAUUAUGGAUGGAUACCGGGGAAAAUCGGUAUAGAAAAGGGGGAUCUGGACUGUAACGCAAUACCGUCAGACGGUCUUAUAUAGCCAGGAGUGGUGGCAAAAACGACAAUUAUAAGGUGUCCCCUGAGCAUUUUUUCGAUGAAGGCGCCAGAGGGGGCCACAUCGGGAAUUUUCCUACCAUAGCCCCCUCUCCAGCCCCGUCGUUGCACCUUCACGAGGCGGGGCUUAGAGGAGGCACGAGGGGGCUGGUACUGGCAGGGAUAGGUUUACAUGAAAAAAGUGUUUCCUGGAAAUUUUCGGUGUACCCACCAUAAGCAUAGACACUGUGCCUUAAGAAAAAGCUUGUUAUUCCUGCAGAUUUUUCUGUUUUGCAUAAGUCCACUACAUGAUGGAGAUUUGCGCAGCUUCCGAAACACUACCUUGCAUGGCGGGGUCGAUCCACCGACCAUCAAUGUUUCACUCGCGCACGAUAACUCUCCGGCCACCGCAGCACGCCGGUUAGCGAUGUCACAAAGUUUACCUGAUAGUAAAUGUGUGCCGUAAACCGAUCGAUUUUGAAGCGGAUGCCAGAUAUUGGCCGGCAAAAUCAACCGCCUUGAGGAAGAGAUUGAAAAGUUAAAAACUCUUCUACAAUGUAGACUAGACACAGUUGACAAUACGAAUAAACUAUCUGGAAGUAUAACAAGAAGAAGGGUCAAAGGACUUUGCACAAAAGAGACGCCAUCAACACCUUCUUCAGCUGUCACGGCAGACCCAGCACACACACAUGAAAUACAAGACGACAACAACCAGCGACGGCACGAAAAAAAGCCGGAGGAAAAAAAGAAAUCGUGCAGUGAAAAGCUCGAAGGAAAUGAAAAGCCGAUUCCGAGGAAUGCCGCGGAAGAACCGGAACCAGGGACGUCGGCGACCGUGUCGCCCAUCACGGGAAAUGGCAUGGGUCCUAAAACUCUCAACCUAUCGCAAAAAACUUCUGACUGUGGUAAAAGUGCAAACAAUACAGAGACGAAUGAGGAUCUUAAUCGACUGCGGUUUAUAUCAUAUUCACAUCAUGACAACCACGUAUUGCUUUUGUCGGGGCAUGAAACCACCGUGUUCUCGGGAGAGUCGCCGGUCAGAGGGCAAUGUCUGAUUAUUCAGGGACGUCUCGAAUCCACAGCUAGUGCCUCAAAAGAGCGGGUUUCGGCAGACUUGCAACUGCUCCAAUGCCUACUCAACGAAGUUCUGCGCCCUAAUGAGGAAGUUUCGGUUCUCAAGGCCUUUAGGCUUCGAAGGCGCUCAAUCGAGAUAUCAGAGCAUUCAUGUCCCCGACCACUCAAGAUUAUGUUAGCCAGCCAAACACAAGUAGAACUUAUUCUCUCACGACGAUUCCGAAUCAAAGAGGCCAACCGCGGCGUAUUUUUCGGCCGGACUACACACCGUCAGAGGGAAUAAAGCGUCGACAAUUGGUUCUGGAACUGAGAACAGGGUUGCAGAAUGGCGAGACGAAUCUCGUAAUCUACAACGACCAGAUAGUGCAGCGCCCUCCCACAAUCCGUUUGACCGAACCGAUCUGAAUGAGGGCGCAAUAGGUUUCUUGAAUGGGGUCUUAAGCGACACUAUAAUCAAACGCCCCAAAACUCUGAAACUAACAUUUUUUUACACCAACGUGCAGAGUAUACUGACCAAGUUAGACGAACUGAAGAUCCAAAUCUGUGGCCUUUCUCCCGAUUUUGUCUCUUUGACAGAAACCCCGCUGUCUGCAAACGUUGAUGACCGCGAAUUAGCACUACCAGGAUUUCAGUUGUUUCAAGAGAUAGGAGAGAGCGUCAGGGAGGAGGAGUCGUCACGUAUGUAAAACACGGCCUGCUUGUAUCAGACAAAACAGACCAGUUUGCGUGCAGCGCCGAGACUAUCUGGCUCACUAUAAGGGUACCAGGAUCAUAUAGCCUUGAAGUUCUGACCGUCUAUCCACCACCGAGGAGUGACCCCGAGGCUGACGUUCGUCUGUUAGAGGAGCUAGGACGAUUUGCUCUCCGGCCUAACGUCCCGAUCACGGGCGACUUCAAUGCUCCGCUCAUUGACUGGAGAUCACUAUACGCGCGCGGCCCAGAACUAGCUUUCGACCGACGUCUCUUGGACAUGGCACUCAGGUCAUCUCUCAUUAAGCACGUCCUAUUUGCUACAAGGGUGCGUGAGGGGCAGCGGCCAAACUGCUUGGACCUGGUGUUCACGAAAUCGAUGGACAGCAUAGAUGAGGUGCAAUGUCUGCCUCCCCUAGGUGGAAGUGAUCACGUUGUACUUCAAUGGAACUAUACAAUCUUUUCCGUGGGCCGAAGUCAACAAUACAGACAGGGAAUCAGCGUUUUCCGGAAAUAUAGCUGAAGAUUGGAAAUGGUUAAGAAACCACUGCCCGCUUUCACGGAAAGGGUUAACAAUCGACCCCGGUGGCUGGCCCAGGCGUUAAAAAAGGAAGUCGAUAAAAAGCGGAGAUUGUGGCAGAAAUCUCUUGCUGAUGGGAAUCCUGUAUCCAUAAACGCAUACAAAACACAAAGGAACUUAGUCAAGCGACUAACCCUCAGGACACGGCAAAAUUUUGAAAAAGACCUAUUGGAUCGUGCUGUGGAAAAUCCGAAAUUAUUCUACAGCUACAUAAGUAACAACACACGGAGCAGAGAUCCAAUUCCCCUACUGAAGACAAGCGGAGGCGUAGAGGUUAGUGAGAAUGGGGAAAAAGCGGAGCACCUUUCACAAUUUUUCAAAUCCAUCUUUACGAGUGAAAGCGCAUUUACUCCUUCUGACUAUGACUUUGAUGAGUGUCCAAAAAUUGAUGCUGUAUCUUUUGAUGAAGCGACUGUUCGCAAAGAGCUAAUGAAAUCACCAAGUUCAGACGACAUACCGCCCAAGUUACUGAAGGAGCUCGUUGCUAAAUGAGUCAAUCCAUUGUCCAUGCUUUUUUAAACCUUGUUCGAAGCCGACUGUUUGCCCGCCGACCGGAAAUCUGUGAGGAUCACCACUGUAUAAAGGAUGCAACAACGCCUCUGCAAACAAUUACCGACCAACUGGCCCCACCUCCAUCUGCUGCAAAAUCAUGGAGAAAAUAAUCAAACAAGAGCUAAUUUGCUUCCCAUAUCAGCGUAAUUCAUUAUCUCAUGCACAGCAUGGGUUUCGUAGUGGCAGGUCUUGCGUGACUAACUUGCUCUACUGUUUAGAACGUUGGACUCGGUCAGUUGAUGAGGGCAAUGCGCUGCUUGUAGCCUAUAUCGAAUUUAAAAAGGCAAUUGAUAGUGUCCCACAUCAGCGACUCCUGCAAAAACUGAGCCGAACAGGCGUUAGGGGUAACCUCUUAAAAUGGAUUCAAGAUUCCUUAUUAGGCCGUUAUCAAACUGUCCAUGUCGGUGGCUAGCAGUCUACAGAGGUUGCCGUUGAAAGCGGUGUCCCCCGAAGGCUCAGUUCUUGGCCCUACUUUGUUCAUUAUUUAGGUCAACGAUUGCGUGCGUGAACUGGAUUGUGGUGUUGCCAUGUUUGCGGAUGACAUAAAACUAUGGAGCGUCAUUCAAACUGCAGAUGUUGAAGAGUAUUUGCAGGCGAACCUAAAACGACUCCAACAGUGGUCGAAGGACUGGCUUCUGCCGUUCAAUGAGAAAAAAUGCAAUAUUCUACGAGUCGGCAGAGCUCGCCCUCUGAACCAUAUGGCCUACUGCCUAAAUGGCAUACCACUGCCAGAAGUGGACUCGCAGAAGGACUUGGGAGUAUGGAUUACGACUUCGUUCAAACCCUCGCUCCACUGCACAAAGAUAGCCAAGUCUGCAAUGUCAGUCUUCUACCUUGUCAAGCGGGCUUUCUCCGCCUUCGAUGAAGACUGCUUCGCUAAAGUCAUUCGAACUUGUGUGCGGCCGCGACUGGAAUUUGCUAUCCAAGCUUGGAGACCUUGGACCGCGAAGGACCUCAGCAUCCUUGAAAGGGUUCAAAGGCGUACAAUAAGACUUGUGACAAGACAGGGUUCACUACCAUAUGCAACGCAGUUAGCUAAUCUUGAUCUCUUUCCCCUGAAUUGCAGGCAGUUACGGGGUGACCUUGUACAAACAUCCCGUAUCGUACGUGGUUGGGACUGCAGCCUCGUACUGGGAGACACCGUCGAGUUAGCAACCACCACUUACGAGCUCAUCCGUUCAAACUACGUGUGACCGGGGCUAGGCUGGACACACGAAAGUUUUUCUUCUUUAACAGUGUGCUAGAAGCUUGGAACGGCCUGUCUGAGGACGUCUGCUUCCGUCGAACUCUUUAAGAGGGAAAGGUGAAGACCUACAUUUCCUUUGAUAAAACUGAACUGAAAUGAACACACUAAAUGCACUGCAUGCUAUUUGGUUUUCGAAGUUUAUAUUCCACUCGCAAUUCAUCUGAGUAAUUGUACUACUUUGUAACAUCCAUAUAUCCUUACUUUAAGUUUGCCUGAUACGAUAGCGUAGAUCAGUGGGGAUUGUGGAAAUUCCACCCGAGGGUGGAAAGGCAUCCGAUGUACCCCAUCAGUGACCAGACAUUGCCGGGUAACAGAAUAUAAACAAAGAACACGAAAUUCGCUAAGGUCAGCAGUACCUGUAUCUAGGAGGGGACGCUGUGUAGUGAUGUAGCUAUAAUUUUUUUCUCGAUCUUGACUUAGUCCCCUUAGACUCCUAGCCCUUUGCCGGUAAUCCACCGGCACCGUAUCUGUUAGCCUCCUUCGAACUUUAAUCCUAUUAGCCAUUGCAAACUGCCAAUGCUUGGCUUUGAUUAUACUAGUGACUAUUCUCCAGGUAUCCCUUGCAUAUAAUGUUUGACAUUAAUUGAAUCAACCACAAUUCUGCUAUAACGAUGGGGAGUUUGAUUGGAGUUUGAUUGAUUUAUCUACACCUGGCUUGACAGCUAUAACGUUCCUAUCCCAUCGAGUCCGGAACGCGGUUCCGAUCCGAUUCUGCAGAGGGAGGGAGCAGGCACUCGAGGUGCCGGAAAACUUGGCUUCUACCGAUGCAGACCCCCCGAUUUUGGCGGGCGUUGCCCUGCGACGUCAGCGAGGCCUCGAAAACGGGCAGCCGACUUGCCAUGUCUUAUGAUUGGAUUUUAGGCGACCCAAAAGCCGGAGGCACUUAUCGGGCAUUAGGAAAUGCGGCAGUUGUUGUAUUUGGCAAGAAAAAAAAACGCUCUGGUCGGACCACGAAAAAAGUAUACAUACAGAGGAUAAUGGGGAUUUUGGCUGGAAAUAUCCGAUUUUGUUGGUCAAGCUAACAACAGGUUUAACAAUGGUUUCUUUUCUGAAAUUCAUUUCCUCGUGAAUACUAUAACUGUGCAGAAUUUGUAAGAAAACUACAUGUCUUUGUUGUCUUCUGGGGGUAUGUGGGGACCCCGUGCUUGCAGGUGUCCGGCAGCGAGCUCUCGUCGUCCAACUUCCACACUAUGAACAAGUGCGUGCGCAACUUCACACUGUCUCGACAGAGGAUCCAGUCCACCGUUAGAAACGUUUUUGUCGAACGAUGGCCCGGAAGCAAUGAGUCCUUACGUCGGUCUUUGUGGCACGAUCUCUCUCACUUGUGUGAGACCUGGCAGUCCUCCCCGAAGCCUGCCACAUGUGGAGGGUAGGAUAAUAGGGACGUGUCUGCAAUCCUUCGAAGGCCAUCGUAAUGCAUAAGUCGUCAUUUGUUACAUAAUUUAGUUUGUUAAGGCGGUCGAAGACCAUAGUAAUUUGCCAAACCAAAUAAAUCUCUACGUGUGCGCUAAAGGGGCAUCCGUUCAGUGUGAAUGACAAUCGGCCUGCAUGUGAAGGGAGAGCAUAUGGCAUCCCCCUUAGCGUCAGUGUUUCACCAAUAGAAACAGCUUCGAUGUUGGAGAUUCAGUAGCUGUUGUAUCUCAUGAAACGAAGGCCAAAAUCCCGACAAAAAUCUUCAGUUAGAAAAAUUACUUAAGUAAGAUUUAUUAUGCGGUUGUGCAUGGUGUGGGAGGAUAGAAGUCAUAUAUUACGCGAAUUAGGAUUAUAGUGUUUAUAAACACUACAACGGCCAUUCCAGUUAGACCAGCUAAAUAUAUUUUGCCAAUGCACACCAUAUCAAACUGUAUUCAUGAGUUUGUGUGUAGUUGUGGAUGCAAGUACAUUGGAAUGCACUUUCAGUUCCAGUAUUUCCGCGCGUAGACCGUUUUCUGCGCAGGUUCAUUAAGAGAAGUUCCGACAUUAGAAGCCAAUGCGCUUCAUUUAUAUGUAAGAGCGUUUUUGAGGAAAAUAAAAGGCAAUUACCAAAGAAGGCCUCAUCCAUGCAGUGAAGCCAACUGUUUUGUUUCAAUGGUAGGGGGCGCUCACCGAUCGUUCAUACGGAACUCACUCGUUUCGUUGUGCCUAAACGGCUCUCUCUCGAGCCCAACCAGCAGCCGCACAGCGGCGCAUGCUAUAUAGGCAGAAUAGAAUUACCGUCGGUAAUACUAUUCUGCCUAUAUGUUUUGUUUCAGUUAUGCGAAUGUGGUCUUCUUGUGGUGAGCCUGCGACCAUCUCAGGUUGGACUCUUUAAUGCAUUAGUAGUAUGGAUUGCGAAAGUUAUAACUUUUCUUACAUUGGAGACAAAUUAUUAAGAAAAUGCGUCGAGUUUGGAACCUGAAAGAACGGACAUCUGACAGGCCAAGUGGCACUGGGGGAAAACAGGACGAUAUCGUCAUCGUCGUCGUCGUUUAGCGGAAACGUGUGUGGUUUGAUGAUGUUAUAGUGAGGCCCAUCAAGGAAAACAUCUAGCUACAUGUACAGUCACCCGUCGAGACAGUAUUUGAGAGAGGCAAUGGGUGAUAGUUCUAACGCCCAACAACGCAUUAGCCUUGUGCACCCCUGAAAGGCCGAUAUGGCGGUCAUUGUGGGUUGUAUGCAUGAAGGGUUCUAUUUCUAAACGAAAUUCACGCUUGACUGGACAAUCUGCGAAGAGUUGCGUGGAUGGCAAACUAAUACAAUGAUUUCUGAAUUAAUUUUUGGUUUGGAGUGUGUCAGAAGUCAAAAAGUGGCUGGGUGAAUUUUCACUGCAUAGUGACACGGAGCACGUGUACUGACUCUACUCCGGCCGUCUGCUGAAACGCUGUCUCUGUUUUGCGAAUUUUUACAUGUACAUAUUGCGACAAUUGUUCAUCGGACAUUCCAAGGCCCUGUGCUGUGCUCCCGCUUACUAUCUCAAGCCGGAAGGCUCUGUCUGGCUUUCGACCAAUCACAGCUACUCGAAGAGGCCAAUCAACUUCAACGAAAUGCCCUUAUGGGGCUUCAUUCGUAAGCACUACAACAACGACUCCAGUUAGACCAGCUGAAGAUAUUUUGCCUAUGCGCGCCACAUCAAUAUGAGUUUACAUAUAUUUGCGGAUGCGGACACAUUUGGCGCACGUAAAGGCAGUUGGCAGCUCGGUCAGCUAAACACACGCUGAAGUGGCUGCUUAAGGCGAAAUAUAUGGUACCAAGGAGCUCAGUUACAAGGCAUCUAAUGGACACGGGUCAUACGGUGGACCCAAUGAUUGCAUUCAGAGUCCUGUUUCGGACGACGACCGGGAGUGUCUUGCGUUUAAUUGGAUUGUCAUUCUCAUUAUCGUGCCACUUGAUGCCAAAAUAUUCCUUUAUUAUUAGGAUGCUGAUUACCUUUAAAAUUCAGCUACAUUUUACAGAAAGCAUGAACAAAAAUGCUAUGCCUUUUACUCAAUUGCCAGAAACGUACGUCUACUCAAAAUUUAUGCUUGCAGACUAAGCAUAUUAAAGUCUUUUAAAAGUGUCAAAUUAUAUGAUUUGUGUAGACCGCGAAACAACCAAUUAGAAAGUAUCGCAUCAGCACGUAUAUUGCUGCUAAUUUAAAGUGAAUAUGUAUUUUUAAAUUGCUGAAAAGUGCCGAAAUUUAUGAUUUGACAAGACCGUGAAAUAUACAAUCGGACACUCGCGCAUCAGAACGUAUAUAAAUGCUACUUAUAAAGCAAAUAAAUACAUUCAGAUUUUUAAAAACUGUAGAAUUAUAUGAUUCUUCCAGGCCGUGAAGUACCCCAGUUCAACAGUAUCCGAUCAGCACGUUAAUUGAAGCUAUAUAAAAAAUAAGUAGUUAUUUUUAAGUUUUUAAAAUGCGUGAAAGUUUAUGAUUUAAACAGACCGUGAAAUAUUCAAUUUCAUAGUAUCGCAUCACCACGUUUAUAAGUGUUGCGUAUAAACUCAAUAAAUCUGUUUAAAUCGUUAAAACGUGUCAAAUUAUAUGAUUUGUCCAGGACGUGAAAUAUCCAAACAAGCAGUAUCACAUCAGCACGUAUAUAGAUGCUGCUUUUAAAGUGAAUUAUUAUUUUAAAGUUGUUAAAAUGUGUCGAAUUGUCAAGACCGUGAAAUGCCCAAUUUGACAGUGUCCCAUCAGAACGUUAAUCAAUGCUACUUAUCAAAUGAAUAAUUAUUUUUGAACUCUUAAAACAAAUCGAAUUACAUGAUUUGUCUAGACCGGGAAAUAUCGUAUCAGACAGUAUAGCAUCAGCACGUUUUUGCGUGCUACUUAUAAGGUGAAUAAUAAAUAACAAUUGUUAAAAGGUGUCAAAUAUAUGAUUUGUCCAGACCGUGAAAUAUCCUACAAGACAGUAUAGCAUCAGCACGUUUUUGGUGCUACUUAUAAAGUGAAUAUGUAUUUUUAAAUUGUUUACAUGUGCCGAAUUAUAAGAUUGGCAGAGAUCCUAAAAUAUCAAAAUAGACAGUGCCGCAUCAGCACGUUUAUAAGUGAUAAUUAUAAAUUAAAAAUGUUAAUUUAAAUUCUCAAAAAGUGCCAAAAUAUAUGAUUUGUCGAGACCGUGAAAUAUCCAAUAGAACACUCUCGCAUCAGCAGGUUUAGUGAUUUAAAUUAUAAAGUGCAUAAGCAUUUCGAAAUAGUAAAGUUGUCGAAAUAAAUGACUUGGCCGGACCGUUAAACGACUAAUUAGACAGUAUCGCAUUAGCACGUCCAUUAGUGUUACUUAUAAUGUGAAAAAGUAUAUAUAAAUUGUUAAAAAGUGUCGAAUUAUAUGAUUUCUCCAGAACGUCAAAUAUCCAAUUAGACCUAUCGCAUCAGCACGUUUAUUAAAGCUAACUAUAAAGUGAAUAAGUAUUUUAAAUUGUUAAAAAGUUUCGAAAUAUAUGAAUUGUUCAGACCGUAAAAUACACAGUCUGACAGUAUCGCAUCAGCACUUUUACUGAUGCUACUUAUAAAGUGAAUAAAUAUUUUUAAAUCGUUAAACCGUGCGAAAUAUAUGAUUUGGCCAGACCGCGAAAUGGCCAGUUAGACACUAUCGCAUCGGAAUUUUUACUUAUGCUAAAUAUAAAGUGGAUAAUUAUUUCUAAAUUAUUAACCAGUGUCGAAUUAAAUAGUUUGUCCAGACCGUGAAAUAUCAACAAAGACAGUAUCGCACCAGCGCUUAUAUAAAUGCUCCAUAUAAGGUGAAUAAUAAUUUUUAGUUUGUUAAAAAGUGUCGAAAUAUAUCAUUUGUCCAGACCGAGAAAUAUCCAGUCAGACAGUAUCGCAUCAGCACGUUUGCUAAUGCCGCUUAUGAAGCCAGUUACUAUUUCCAAAUUUUUAAAAGGUGUCGAAAUAUAUGAUUUGUCCAGACUGUGAAAUAUCCAAUUGGCCUGUAUCGCAUCAGCCCGUUUAUUAACGCUAAUUACGAAGUUUAUAAUAUUUUUAAAUUUAGAGAAGUAUUGACUUAUAUGAUUUCUCCUGAUAGUGAUAUAUCAAAUUUGACAGUAUCGCAUCAGCCCGUGUAAAAACGAGUCUUAUAAAGUGAAUAUAUAAUAUUAAAUUUUUAAAAUUGUCGAAUUAUAUGAUUUGUCCAGAACGUCAAAUAUCCAAUUAGACAGUAUCGCAACAGCACGUUACUUAAUACAACUUAUAAAGCGAAUAAUUAUUUUUGCAAUGCUAAAAGGUGUCAAAUUAUAUGAUUUGUCGUGACCGUGAAAUAUCUAAUUAGACAUUAUCGCACGAGCCCGUUUAUUGAGGCUACUUAUAAAGUGAAUAAUUAUUUUUAAAUUGUCAAAAUUGUAUAUUUAUGUGAUUUUCUAGUCUGUAAAAUAUCGCAUUUGAGAAUAUCGCAUCAGCACGUUAAAAAAUGCUACUUAUGAUAUUAAUAAGUAUUUUAGUUGUUGAAAAAUGUUUAACUUAAUGAUUUGUCCAGACCGAGAAGUACCCAAUCGGACUCUCUCGCAUCAGCACCUUUAUUCAUUUUAAUUAUAAAAUGAAAAAGUAUUUUUAAAUUGCUAAAUGUGUCCAAUUAUAUGAUUUUUCCUGUCAAAAUUUUAGUUUUUGAUAAUUUUCGAACUAUAUGAUUUGUCCAGGCCGUGAAGUACCCAAUCGUACUCUCUCGCAUCAGCAACUAUAUUGAUUCUAAUUAUAAAGCGAGUAAGUAUAUUUUAAUUGCUAAAUGUGUCGAAUUAUGUGAUUUUUCCAGACAAAAUAAUAUCCACCCUCCCCCUCUCUCUGAGCUCGACUAAGAAAAUGUUCGCUCAUUAAAAAGAAGACGAAAGUACGAUCACUGAGGCUUAGCUUUCGAACUCGAACUGGAGUUCAUCAUCACAGACUGCUAGAGUACAGCAACGUGUGAACAUUUUUAUCGUUGUUCCGUGCGGUGGGGGACUACGUCCGUUGCUAGGUCUGGUUUGUGCCGCCUGGUCCACAAUGGUCCCCCGGCGUGGUGACGCCGUUUGUACUUCGCGGCGAUGUGAGCUGCGCCACCUGGUUGCGUGGGCGGAGUGCGUGAUAACACGCAGGCAAAUAAAUGUGUCUAUUGAUAGAGUCGGUUUUCGACACCCACGCCUCCAACAGUUCUCGUUGUCGGCUCGCGCCAGUGUCCGCGUGUUGGAGAUGUCGAUCUUAUGGCUUUUCUCCAGCGUGUGAGUGGCGACUUGAGAUAGUGGGUCGCCUCUCCGAACGGCCCGUUUGUGCUUAAGUAUUCGUGAGCUGAGACGUCGCCCUGUUUGGUCUGUGUAGUGGCAAGGACAGUUAUGACACAUUCUCCUCCAUUCGUGUUCGCUCAUUGUUUCUGCGCUUACACAGUCCUUAGGGGUGGAGAGAUGUAGGGGUUUGAAAGCUCAGACUCAUAAACCUACCGUUUCACUGAUCGCCUCUUCGUCUUCUUUUAAUAAUUCCUAUUUAUGGCCACUCGAUAAAACCAUUGAAAAUCGUGAAGUAUCCAUAGUAAUUUCAAGAAUAAUCUGAAACGUACCGUGUUCCAGCAUCAACAGUAACUAUAAAUAAAUUCAACGGACGGAACGAUCUCCUAAAAUACACAAAAUUAUAUGUUUGGGAUUGCUCCUGAGAUCGCCAUUUAAAUUUAUCCAUUAAUGAGCGGCCAAUCUGCUUGCGACGCUAUAGCGCUCAGCGCGCCAGUCAUUUCUUGCCGUGCCAGUAAAAAAGUGCGCGAGGAGAGUGUUUUUACCUCUCUCUUGUUCUCACCGCUUGAGUCAUCGAUCUAGCACUGUCGAGCGCAUUUCCCGUAAAAUGCCCGCUCGGCUAAUAUCCUUAAAUGUCGCACAUGGAAGCCACCCACACCUCAGCUAACGCAGAACAUUAAAUAUUGACCUUCAGUUGGUGGGCUAACUCAAGCAAUGUUAACCGAAAUUCCGAUAUGCGUUUUCCACACGAAAAGAUUAAUAAGCAGGGUUGUAAAACUAAUCAUCCUGCAGCAUAAUUAAAUAAUAAUUAAGUUACCGCAGGAUGCUGGCUUUCGAUCGAACUUCCAUCCGGCAACAUGCAAAAACCGUACUCUGUGAAAAAUGACUACAUAACUAGCAUGCAUUUUUCACUCUUAUUUUCGAUGCCAUUAAAUAUUCAAUUAUAUUUCAUGGAAAACAUGCAGUAUAUAAUUCAUUCGUUUGUUAAUUCCGUAGAAAAUGACGUCUUCCAAUUUUAUCCUUGUAGGAAAAAUAUAAUUCGGUUUUCAAAAGCUUCCAAUUGCCGAAUAAUUUUGAACCCGACCAACUGUUAUACUUGCACUCAGGGUUACCAAACUACAAAUUCCAAAUUCGUCCACCAAAUUUGUCCAAGCGUUCAGACGCCGAUUUGGUAUUUUGCAUAUUUAUAAACUAUCCAAUCGGCUUAGGAGGUAAGUCUGACACAUAAAUACCCCUUUUUCUUCUCAAUUUGUCGAUGACGAAACACCCUGUCAUUUGGAAACCUUCAGAGGAGAGGAUGCCUGUGUCCUAGUUGAACUAAAGGCUCAAUGUCACCCGUAGUUCGGCCAUGUUUUGACGGUGAACAACGGUAUGAAGCAGUGUUAUGCAUAAGUCUUAUGUUCUCUUCCAUACUGAUGGACGUCUAUCCUGACGAACGGCUGGGAAUCCGCCUCGCUCACGGGACGGCUGGCCACAUCCUCAACAUUCGCCGGAUGAACUUCCAAUCGCCUUCUUGGCACCUCUCGGGUUUUGUUGCAGUUGUUGGCUUUCCCUUCGUCCUCCAACCACAGGAGUUAUGAUGAGCUUGCAUUCACUCCGUGCAACCUGAUCAACGCCCUUCAUUGACCGCCAUAACGUGCGAUGCCCUUCCGUCUGCCAAGCUGAUGGAAGCCCUCCAUGACGAACGUCCUCGGAUCCGCAAAGCUUACAGGGCGGCUGGCCACCUUCUCAACCACUGGCGGAUGCACUUCCAGUCGUUUGCAUCCACAGCCACCGUCCACGAAGUUCUCUUCGCCGAUGACUACGUCCGGAACGCCACCUCACAAGGGGAUAUGUAAAGGAGCACGGAUCUAUUCUUUGCCGCCUGCGACAACUUCGGAGAAGACGGUGCUCAUGCAUCAACCGCCACCCAUCAAUGCCCACAACGCGUCGCAAAUAAGCGUGGACGGAAUCCAGCUGCAAGUGAUGGACAACUUCACGUAUCUGGGCAGCACACUCUCCCGCAGCGCCAAAAUCAAUGGUGAAAUCGAUGACGAAUGCCAUCAUCAUCAUCAUCAUCAUCCAUGCCCAUCAACAUUACAGAAAUCCUGACGCACCAACUCCCCCCUAACCACCAAUCUGGACUCCAUUCACACCUGUCCUCAUUGCAAUCACGUCUUAACUUCACACAUCGGCCUAGUCAGUCACUUGCGAAUUCGUCGCACAGAGACUGGCCAACCAACGCCCGGAGCACCAACCUACACCCACCUAACUCGCCUCCACUGCCCACAUUGCCCUCACACUUUCACGCACCGCAUGGGUCUCUUCGGCCACAUGCGCAGCCACGACGACCUGCGGUAGAUAACCGCCGGCUGUAUCGCACCAUUACACCAUCCCUCCCGCAUCACUACCACCACCCCAUCACGCAUCCUCCACCAUCACAAAUACGCAUCGACACUCACCCACCGCAUGCACCAACUGCCACCUCCCACGCAAGUGGGAAGUGUGCAACUUGACUCGGUCCCCAUGCGGCUUCGGCUGCACGGCUGACUUGAGUCCGAGACUAUCCCGACACGUCAAGUGUCGUGGAUAGGAAGGUUGCUGAUUGACGCCCGCCCUCGGCUUACGCAGUUCGUCAAGUUGUGUGUGUGUGUGUUGUGUGGAGUGGCGGACUGGUGGGCUGGGGACGGGCUGAAACACCACCUUCCACGGCACUCUCACGCAAGUGAGAGACACGCCGUUCAACCCCCGUUGUGUGAAAUCCUGGUGUUUGUGUGUGUAUGGGGGGCCAGGUCGUGCUGUGGCGCGCGCAGGCGUGGUCAGUCGACCGUGCCAGCCACCGCGUCCAUUCCCCACUCCAGUCUGCUGACCGGCUCGGACAGCGGCUGAGGUGUGGAAAUGGGAAGGGAGAGUGAGGUCGACAACUUAGCACAUUUUCCUCACUAAAAUCAAUCUGACGCGUUUGAAGCUAUCAGGGUGCGCUAAAAGCCGUGGCUUGUAAGGUUGCCAACUGACGGGGUAACUUGGAUCUCCUCCUUGACCAGUGGUGCAGUUUUUUAGUUUAGCUGCCAGUAUACGGAGCGUGCGAUCAUCAAGUAACCUCCAAGAAAACUUAAAAUGGCCACCUUUUAAAGCGGCACCACGGCAGUUUUCAUGAAAUCUCUGUACCACACAACACACCAACUACCGGCUAUUAAGUGUUUUAGCAGCAAUUAAGGAAAAUUUUAUUGAUCUUUUUAGAAAAAUUAUCCUGACCCUCCACAUUCGGAGUGGCUUGAGUCAGAUAAAAGUGGCAUUCUGCAACCUUGGACCUGUUUGCCGAAUGGAAGUGACCCAGAUUACGUUAAACGAUGCCAAUGCGCACAUUCUGAAAUAAAAUCCUUCGUGACAGUCACCUGCCUAACAAUUCCCGUGAAUUUCCCGUAAUGCUGAAUCAGUAUCAUCUCAUUACCGGCUAAUAACCACUCAGCGGCCGAACCAAUUUCACUGCAGUUGGACAAAUUGCAAAGUCCUCAGCACGUCACCGUCACUGCUGUGGUUAGGAUCAUGCUUGAUCGCAUUAUGUCUGUCAGUAGCAAGCUGGCAAGCGGGCAGAAGAGAUCGAACAAGAUCCUGACCACAACAGUGAGGGUGACGCGCUUACUUUACAUGCUUCUAUGCCUCACUUCAUAAAGCCUACGGCAUACUGGUGAUUGGCAACGACCGUGAAACGACCGUCUGUGUCUGGCCUUUCGGACUCUUAGUGAACCGUCGACGUAAUAUUACGUUCUGAGUGUACGUGGAGCACUCCAAUUGGCUGAUCCAAUGCUUAGUGAACUAGUAAACACUCUCCCGAAGUUUUAAGGUUGUGCGCGGAGAUAUGGACACCCGCUUGUUACAAGUGGCAAUGCCCUAAAUUCCAAGUUGGCGGUUAAAUUUAGAUUUAGAGUUGCUAUAACGGUUGGGAGGGGUGUCAGGAUUAGGGUUUGGGCGGGCGUUAGGGUUAGAUUUGCAGCUAGAAGACGGGAAUAGGAAUGCCGUCCCGGAAUUUAGCGUGAGACAGAGGACCAUAUUCCCACCGCCAACUGGUUUUAAUUAUCUAAAAUGAACUUCCUCCUUCUCCAAAUUAGAUUAAAGCUCGAUUCUGGGUUAGGAACCAUCUUGGAAUGAUAGUGCUGUCUGAUGUCAGAGCACAUAUACACGAUGGCUUUGCGGCAUCGUCUGCACAAUUGCCGGCAACAGGCUUCAAGUCAUAAUACGACCUUCAGCGCAGGAGAAAGCCAACGGGACCAGUCACACAGGAUUUCGCAGAAAAUUCUGAUAACCACUUGUGGCAGUAAAUUCACAUUUUACUUUAGAUGCUUUUUCCACUCCAACAUAUGCCAUUUUCUCCUAUCCUGGAAUGCUCUUGUCUGUUCGGUUUGUCCUAGUACUCCUCAGCACACCUGAUUUGGCACGAUGUUGUAAAUUCUCUGUUUCCUCCUAAAAAACACACACACUGAUGAUGGUGACCGUGAUCGAAAACUGACACUUUGUUCCAUCCGAAACUUCCGAAUUUGUGACUUAGGUGCCCGCAAAAAACUAUCUCUUACUUUCCAGUAGCACGUCGGAUGUAGAGAAUUAGAUUGCUUCUCUUACUGGACAGUAUACAUUUUUCCUGACUUCCUUACGACAUUUAGAAACAAUAUUUUCGACACUAAAAUGGUGGAAAACGUUAGUGCAUUCAGCGCCUUACAUACUGCACUUUUUCCAUAACGAACUGUCCUUUUGUCUCUUCAGCCAUGCUACGCAGUUUCGUAUUUUGCACAAUGUCAGAAAUGUCUUAUCACAGAGAGAAGAAGUGAGUCAAAUACAAGAACUUUUGAUCAUCAGCGGUCCAGCAAUGCACGCCACAAAAAAGCAGAUGACCGUCUCAAGUAUUUUGCCAGGCUUUUUAUGCAGGAAUCAUAAUUGCCUCCCUGCAACUUUUGUUGCAGCGCCAACCGAAAGUACGAUCGGGACUAUGAGUGAAUUAAUUUAGGCUGAUAAGAAACGAGGUGACACUUAAUCUAGUUAGAAGACACUGGGUAAUUAAGUUAGCCCAGUAUCUCUAGACUCGAGGAUUUAUGAUCUCUCCGAUUCCGAAGAGUGAAGAUUUGCCCCUUGGUUUUCUUGGUUUGGAGCCCGUUGUGAAGACUGCCGUGGUUUACUCUAGCGAAAAUCACUUAGGUGGUAGCAAGUGAUUUUAUAUGGCUUGGGAGAACACAAUCAAUGGAGUGCUCUCAUACCGGAGAAAAUCCAUCCAAUCUGCCCAUGUCUUAAAACUGCCACACACACAUACAUCGGGCCGCAAGGAAAGCUAAGCGUUACGGGACUUUUAUUUUCCCGCAGAUUUGGCUGUGUCGGCGGCUUACUACGUGUGGAUGCGGGUCGUCGCUGUUCCACCGGUGACGGCAAGUUCUUCUUCCGCUGUUCGUCCACCAAGGGCCAGCCAGUGGACGCCCUUGGGGCUCAGAUCUGACAGCUUGCUCUGGAGGCCAAGCAACGCCUGCGUCAAGAGCAGGCCGCCAAGGGACAGGCUGCUUUCACCAAGACGGUGCCCAACGGCUUUGCCAUAGCCAUCGACUCUCCAGGCAUUGGCGCCAGCUCACGAUCUCCGUCAAUUCCGCCAAAAUCAUCUCACGACGCUGCUGGGAGUGAAAAAAGGGAGGCGGACGAGUUCAACUUCUCGACCCGUCGUCAUCCCACCGUCACAACUCCCUGUCGAUAUCGUCAGACGGGGAAUGCUGAGUUUCGAGUGAAUCGGGGCUCAUCAGGUGGUUCAGCCCCAGCGGCUGUAUCCGAUCGUGUCCAGGAGACAGAGUUUGAUGCGGUGGGGGAAGAUGAGCGCCUAGAGUCAACAGAGAUACAGACAUAGUGUGUCCGAUCGUGUCCAUGAGACCGAGAUUGAUGCGGUGGGGGAUGAUGGACGCCAAGAGUCAACCGAAGGACAGACAAAGUGUGUCCGAUCGUGUCCAGGAGACCGAGGUUGAUGCGGUGGGGGAUGAUGGGCGCCUAAAGUCAACCGAGGGACAGACAAAGUGUGGAACUACUAGAGCUGUGGAGCGCUGUUGGUGAAGAAAAUGCAAAUGGAGGCGGAGCCCGGAGGUGUGUUCAUUACCUCUGCGGGAAAAGCCACAGGUUGGUGUUAACUGAUUGUGCGAUGACAUUUAUCUAGGUGACUUACAGGCCUCUUCGCCAGAAGAGUUGAUGGAGGACGUUUAUAAGCCAGUCCUCAUUGUUCGCAAACACUAAAAAGCGGGUCGUUAGAGCAUCCACCUGAUGCAUUAUUAUCAUACGCAGUGAAAGGUGUCAUCAUUUCCCACAACCGCACCGGUUCUGCCUUACGCAGAGAGAACAGGGGAAAAUACUAACUAGUAUUCUCAUUGUAUUAACGCCCAGGGGAUAGUUCGGCAUCCUCGUUCAGAGUUUUCGGUCGGUUUUUUCAACACACUUGCCCUCCUAACAGCUGUACUUCAGUUGGUAGAGAACGGUUGACUCCCAGUGGUUAAAGAUAGGCUCUUUUAGGAAGCAUCCUGCACCGAUGUAUUGUUGGAAAAUCUUGUAAGGGACUUCCAUUGUGAGUAGCGCGACGAACCUAACCAUGGCCUAGGAGGCAUCCUUCAUGCACGGAAUGAUCAGCAUGAUCCGGACUGGUUGGACUGUUUGUUUCUUCACCCUGGAGACACUCGGUUCUUCCGAACGAGUGUUGUUAGACGAGCGUCGGAUGUGGAAAGCUGCCAGCGUCGUUUGGUUUUGUCCGCUUAGCGAAUGGUGUACUGCAAUAAGCUUCCAUUCGUCCCUAGGGCCUGCAUACAGAACUCCGUUGCCGUUGGGUCUUCUGGUUUGCAACUUUAUGGUCGGUGCUUCAUGUAUACCUUUGUCGUCAGCGGCCUUGGUUUGAUGGCGGAUGAUGACACCUGGCAGGGGAGGUCGGUUAGACAACACUAAUCUUGUCCCGGUUAACAACGAAAAAAGUAGCCGACGGAACCGAUCAGUUGAGUUCUAGAGAACGGUUGAGAAGAAGAAGAUGCGAUCACUGAAGCAAGAAUUUUACUUGCCUGAUUUUCCGAAUUCUCACUCGAACCCGUCAUCAAAACAGUCGGAGGUGAUGAUGGGUUUGAGUGGGAAUCCGAAACGUCGAGCCAACAAACUCCCUGUCCCAGUGAUUGCAUAUUCUUCCUCUUCUUCCUCUGCACGACAAGGAUAUCAGGAGCAUAGCUCUCUACAAAAUGAACUUGUGGGCCUUAAAACCAGUCUGUGAGGAAAGCGUGUAUGCUUGAGCUAUGCCUGCGUGCAGGCUGAGGUUAGAAUUGGGAUUAAGAUUCGAUCUACGCCUAAGGUUUGGUUUAGGGAUAAUGUUACGCUCAAGACACGGGAGUAGGUGCCUUUCCGAAAUUCAACACAGGAUAACUUGUAGUUCGAGGAGAGGCUAGCUGCUGUCCGUAUGCCCUCCCGGGAAUCUUUUUAGAUAGCCUCUUCUAUCUGUUUUUAGAGAUUUCAGAGGACCGCUUUAGAAAUGAGCCCUUUAACGCCCUUGGCAUCUUCCAUGGCAUUGUGUGAGUUUUUUGGUGCAACGAGAUGCCCCGGCACCGAAGGAAGCCUUUUGGCUCAUCUAUGAGAGAGAGCGGCCAGAUGGCGUUGGAUGUGUUUAAGCCGGAUCCGCAUUAAAGGACCUUUGUUUGGUUCUCGAUGAGUCGUUUCGACGUGAAGCUGUACACUGACAUUUAUUCAGCUUGUGGAGCUUCGUAGGUUUUUGUUAGUCUACCGGCAGAUCUGCAUCCCCGUUCGCACGUUUCUCUCAUCCCAGGCAUGUCAGCGUGCUUUUCUCCAGUGUGAUGGCAACCGCCACUUCUCAUAAUGGUCAGUAACAAGCAUUUUCGUGUUUGGGCGCCGAAGGCGUGUAUUUAUAAGUGAGCGAUCCUUUCAUUUACUGACUGUGCCGAUGCCCCCCCGUCUUUGCGGAAUUCCUAUGCACAGGGGGCUUGUGGGAAUGGCACUUGUGCACAAUAAACUGAGCCAGGAAUUUGUUAUGUAGAUAAGGCUGCGUGUAGGUCGAGGGUUAUCGAAUGAUAGUUAUUCAAAGCUGUGAAAAUCCCCAUAACUAUGUUCAGGAGAGACAGUGGCGAGCGAACGUUACUUUGGGUAUAUCAUCAACGUGGCAACCAUAAUGUUUAAGCUUUGUAAUGUGAUCGCUUAGUUGAAAUCUCUCCAGCUUUUCCAUGAAGACGUCGGCUAAGAGAGGUCCAGAAGGCGCGCCCAUGGCAACGCCGUCUAUUUGUCUAUCGAUUUGGUUGUCAAAAAGGAACUGCGCAUUUAAUGUGCAUCUUAGUAAUAGUUCCUUGAGUGUUUUCGUCGGUAUUCCUAUUUCUUGAUGACUGGCAGAUAGAAAAUCAGAGAUGUAAUCAACUGUCUCGGUGACCUGAACGUUUGUAAAAAGUGAUGAGACGUAUAGUUAGAACAUCAACAUGCCGUUAAGGUUGAGGGCUUUAAACUCGUCAAUGAAUUGGAAGGUAUCUCGAUAGCUGCUUGGUGCCAGCUGACGUUGUAUGGGCUUGAGUUUCUCUGCUAACCACUUAGGUAUCGCAUGACACGGAGAGUUCCGCAUAUCUAAAAUCGGACGAACCGGUAGGCCAUCCUUAUGGAUCUUAGGUAAACCAUAUAAUCGAGGAAUAUGUGUGCCGAUCGACCGGAGGCGUUCGAAGUCAUGGUUACUUAUGUGACCUUCUGUGCGAAGCCUUCUCAAACAGUCAGUCAAUUUCGCUUCUGCGUCAUCCGUGCAAUCCUUUUCUUUAUCCGCCUUUCUGAAUUUCUUCUAGUCAGAUAGUAUGGACUAUAUCUUCGCUUUGUAGUCCGAUCUGUUCAUUAUCACGACGCCUGUUCCUUUGUCAGGUCUAGUUAUCAAGAUCUCUUUGUUCUCUCGAAGUUCUUUCAAUUUUUCCACAUAUGCUUUUGUCAGCAAUCCUCGACUUUUUGGCUCUUUGUUUAAGUAUUGAUAACUGUAAUUCACUAGUGUGGAAUUAAAGUGUUAUUCUCCCAACGGCCUGCUACUUAGGGGGAUUCGAGUCCGGAGUUCACGCCAGUAAUAACGAAAAGGUUGCCCAAAAGGAGAGAAAUGAAUUCGUGCUCCCAGGUUUUAAACAGCGAACCCGACUACUCGUAAUCGGAGUUUGGAGAGCCCUGUGUACUUUUUGUUCUGUGUCAUGAGUGGAUCGUAUGAGCAUUGUGUCCGACGUGCAGUUAACUAGUAACGACCGUGAAAGCCAGCCUGAUUAUUGUUCACCCCACUGCAUCGCCCUUCUCGAGGCCGAAGGUAAGUUUCGUCUGAAAUGCCAGUCAGAUGUGCAUGCGCCAAAUUCAAGUGGAGUCACGUCUGCUACCACUGCGAAUCAUCUCGUGUCUGGAGGAUAGUUAGAACACUGCACUGGUGAAAUUCUCUGAGCAGGGUUCAAGCCAGUCUGGCACAGAAUCCACCCUGUUGUCGAAGAUGGUAUGUGCAGAACCGUGCCUAAUUUGCAUUUGAAGAAGUCAGACCAGGCAAGCGUAAAUUUUCCAUUAUUUCUUAGAUACAAGCGGGAAAUCCAUCACGGUAACAUACGUUUCGAUCGGAGAUUAGGCAUAAUAAUUUAAAGCCUCCGUAUGACAAGUAUCCUUGGCGUUAACUUCAGGGUGGUAGAUUUGGGUUAGGAUCGGGGUUAGGAUAGAUGUCGGGGUUAAAGUUAGGACAUGGGAAUAGGAACCCCCCGGGAUUUGGCGCGAGGCCACCUGCAGUGCCGUGUCCAACCGGGAAGAAUGGCGGAGUUGAGGAUAUUUUAAACUUGCCAAAUAGAAGAGAGAAAUAUGACGUUAUCCCAAGGCCAGAGAGUAGGGGAGGGCUGUCAUUGAGAUAUGUUUAUGUUUCGCAGCAGAAAGAAAAUGUCGGGCUCAGCUUGGGCCGUUGAUGCUGGAAGGCGAGAAAGAACGAUUUCGGCAAGCACAAGACUGAGUUGGCUAGCUGUACGGCCACCAUCUCUGUCGUAAAAAGUAGGGUGUGCGGUAUUUUUAAAACCUUAUCAACAAACAAGACGCAGACUGUGUUACGUGCACCAUCAAAAUCACGAAUGGCUUGGACUCAGUCGCUGAGUUCUUCGAAAGAUUUGUAGUCCAAUAGCUUGCAAACUCGAGAAUUAAAUUUCUGCACUCCUCCACCUGCUUGACUCUGAUUGACUCGAAAUGUGCGCGUUGGGAAGUGGAAGAGGUCGUACUAGUUUGAUUGGUGUUUUUCUCAUUGAGACUCCUGUAGGUGGCUAUUGACUUUUUGAGAGAAAAAUCCUGACUGCCCAUUAAUGCUGGAGAGAAAGGCGGUAUGUUUAGCAACUCCACAGGGUCUUCCCUCACGUAUGAGAACGUAAUUAUUAAUGUCGAUCAUUGCUUCCAGAACCCCGAGCUGAAUUAACUGAGGAUGGCGUUUAUAUUUACAAUCUUAUUUCUUAGCGAAAUAAAAGGUGAAAAUGCAUCAUAAACCAAUAACUUUAAAAUCUUGUCAAGACUGAGCUAGAAUUUUCAAACGAAAAAAGACUUCUGACAUUACAGUCGAAAAAAAGAGAUGAGAGACAACACUUGUGUUGUGAUUUCAUCGAAACUUUCAGCCACAUCUCCUUCUCAUCAUUCCUCACUCGUGAUUGUACACGUACGCUGACACAAUAGCUGUUUAAUCACUGUGACAAUUUGAUUUGGGUUUUGCUAUUUCCACGCCCUCUUCGGGUUGGCGAGUCCAUGAACAACAGAAAAAAAUUUUCCGUUAGCUUACACUGAAGCAGAAAAAAACUAGUUACUAGUGGUGUCGGCGAACACCCUUAUUUGUUUGCGUUCCCAAACAUGUCAAUCUGCAGUAGCAAGUGCGGAGCGAAUGCCGUAAUGACAACACCAUCCUUGGUUGGAAUACAAUUCAAAAUUGGCUAUUAACGUUUGUGAGUAGGCGUUGCAUAUGUUCUUAUGAAUAUCAUGCAUUCAUCGGCAGACUACGGAGACCAGCGCUGAUGCCUCUGCUAACGCAGAUCAGUGCCAGGCCGGUCUCUACGACAACGCAGCGCCGCCGGAACUCCCCACCCCUGGAGCCAAGUUUGUUAGCGACUUUGACGCAACCCUGCCCUCGAGGCGGCACCGCUCCUCCCGUGACCCCCGACUAAGGACCUCACAGUCGGGGACCCCAAGUCAGCUUGCGACAGCAUACCUGAAAGACAAUGCAGAGCCAGGUCUCGAAGCCUCCUGAUCAUCAUUUGGCACAGUCAGCAUACGUGGCGUCAAAGCCCGUGAGAACUUUAGUGAGCUUCCGUUCUGCCAGCACAGACCGCGUGCUGAACGGGCCUAGCCUUGGAGGCAGAAUCAACAACGGUCUAGGGACAGACUCGUCACGCGAAUUCGGCUUCCCUACCUCGCCGAAAAUUGGCGGUUUCUUCCCCCUACGACCCGGAAGCUUGGCUGCUCGACGCAUAGGUAAUUUGAAUUACUCCCUUAGGCAACCAAAAGUUUGCGCCGGACUUAGUCAAUCAACCUUACCAACACGACUUCAGGCCUAGUGUAAAAGUAAAUGUGUCACUUAUGACAGUAGCAUAGGCCUACAAAUCAUGAUGGGUAAUUAGUCAUCGGUUGCAGUUUCAGUCCAGAUUUUUUUCGUCUUCUUCUUCUUCCCACCUUCUUGAUUGCUGAGACUUUGGCUGAGUUUCCAUCAAUUCUUUUUUUCCCCAUGAAAUGCGAAAAAUGGCAUCGCAACUACUAGUGGCGUGAACACAACUGCCAACGACCGUCAAUUCAGCUACGAUCUAUUAACGCCCACAUCACCGACUGACUGCUCGGCCAGGUCCUCUUUCUCGGGGACACCCAAUCAACCCAUACAACCAUCAGGCCCUGGGGGUCAGAGCACGCCAAUUCAGAAAUACGGCGCAUCCCCUUUACAAGUGAGCUCUCCAGCUUCAAUCUUAAGGGCCUGGACGACGUGCUGCAGGAGUUGCGCGAUGCCAACGCAAGUGUGACGGCCGCGGUGCGAGAGGCCGCGUGCAAUCGACGCUAUCAAGGCUUCGCGUCCUCCAGCAGUGCCAGCCAAUCACCGCCGUCGCGGAAUACCCCACCGACGACCUUGUGGACGCCAAUGAAACGCCAGAGCUAG